CUGGAUCUCCCGGCUGGAGCUGAGUCAAGCAGCAGGAACCCCACGGGAAAAUUCCCCCGGAUGGGUUGCGACACCCCGUGGAAGAGCUGCAGUGCCUGUGGCCGAGUGAGCAGCGGGGGACGGCACUUUGGCUUAAGAUUUCCCAGAUGUGCAGGAUUCAAACUCAGUAGAAGACAAAUAUGGGUCUUUCUUCUGGAUCUUAUCUACACAGUCCAACCACCCAGAACAUCAGAGGAUGCUUGCAUAGAUGUUUCUGCUUCUGAUUUUCUCUGCAAUAAAGUGCUGCCAGUAAGAGACCUGCAGCUCUGGCAAGGGAGGAGCCAGUUCCCAUAGUGCCUUCCUGAAGAGUGCAGCAUGACAGAGCUCCAUGAAGCUGUGGCUGUGGGUGACUAUGACCUGGUGAAAAAGAUUUUAAAGGCAGGGCGUUGUGACCCAAACCAGAAGGAUUGCGACUGGCAUGACAGGACCCCCCUGCACUGGGCUGCUGCCAAAGGACGGUCGGACCUGAUCAGGCUGCUGGUGGAUCACGGUGCCCGGCACUGUCUGCGGAGCGAUGUGGGCUGGACCGCGGCUCACUUCGCUGCCGAGGCGGGGAAGCUGCGGGUGCUCCGCGCCCUUCACUCCCUGCACGCUGCUAUGGAUGCCGCCGACCUCUUCGGAGACACUCCCCGGAGGCUCGCAGAGAUCUACGGACACCGGGAGUGCACCAAAUUCUUGGAAAAAGCAGAGGUGGAGAGCAGGAACUACCGCAGGAAAGCUGCACUGAGAAAAAUCCCCUUAGACCAGAGAGAUGAAGAGUGGGAAUUCAAGAAAGAAGAGCUUAAGAAAAAUCCACCAUGUUUUUGGGAGAAGUGUACGGCCUCCAUUCCAAAGAAAAAUGGGGGGAAAAGGGGGAAGCAGUAAUGUGCCCUCUCUGGUGCCUCUGAGCACUUGCAAUGCAGAGCAAAGGCAUUGUAAGUGCUCAGAGGUGGAUCUGCAGUGUGAUAUUUGGGUGAAUGGAAGAAGCAGAAGGCUAAAAGAGUGCAUCCUUAGAGAUACACUGUAAACAAUGACCUUAAGAGCUAGAAGUGCUUCAGUCUCUCUGUGUGUUUCAAUGCAUCUGAUCUCAAAAAUAAAAACAACUAAAGAAAGUCUUUAAAUAUACCAAUACUGUAAAUCACUGCAAUGUUUAGAGUUACUGCAAUGGCAGUUACACAUAUUGCCAGGGAAAAAAAUAGUCUUGAUCCUACCUGAAUCACAAAAGCAUCUUGACUGUGGUUCUGCUUGCUCUGCUGAUGUCUGUGGCCUUUGCAUCUUUGCUUCUGUCACUGAGUCAACCAGGAGGCUCUACAUGGACUUGCAGCCUCUGGCAAUGCCUGUCUCAUUUCUUGGAAGUGGGAUGUACUUGCUUCUCCUGGAUGAAGCUGAGAAAUGAAUGUUGAUCUUUCACUGGACACAUGGGUCCAACAGCCUGUAUCUUCCAUUCCUGGCCCAGCAAAAGGGAAAGCGUGCUCCUUCCUUGCUGCUUUCUGACAGCUGUGACUGCCAAGGGUAUUGGAGCGCUGCCUUUUUUUUAGCAUUGUCUCCAGCCAUUUUUAUGUUUCUGUAAAUAGGAAUGGUGUGCAACUGCUCCUGAGUUCUGCUUCUGCUCAUCAACACUGUCCAUGGCAAAAGCAUUUUUAACACUUUCACUUCUCAGUCAUAAAAUUUGGAAUGUGACCCAGAGCAGUUUUCCACACCCUGCCAGCACUGGGCAGCCAUUCCCGUUGACUUCUGACAUCUCUCCUGUGUCAGCUUCUCCAGGCUGGGCACAUCCUGCAUCUAUCCCUGUGGGCUGUGCAGGGUGGCUGUGCUGAUGGACACCCUGUCCCCUCCAGUGCCAGCUGAGUGGGGCUGGUGCACAGGACAGGGAUUCUGUGCUGGCUGUCACUUUCUCAGGGGUUUCAUGGGGAUAGAAGGAGGGACCCCAGUUUGGUUCUCUGGGGCUGUGGUGUUUUGUGUGGUAAUAUCUGUAAGGUGCUGGAUUUUCCUGCUGAGUCUGUGGUAUGUGAGGUUGUGAGGUGUGGAUGUUACACUAGAUGUAGGGAAUGAGAUGGAUCUCCCAGGGCUUUUUUGUGAAAGUGGUUGGGAUUGUCAUGUUAAAGGAUGAAGUUCAGGAGCAGCAGGAGGGGGAGAAGGGAUGUGUGGCUGUUCCUGUCCUUUCAAGGCCUUUCACAGGGGAGAUGUAUCCAGAAGAGCUGCUUACAAUCUGUCUCUGGACCUGAGCUGCUGGUAGAAGUGACCUGUUCAGGUUCUGUUCUGCUCUGUUCUGCAUGUUUCACCUGCUGUGGUGGGUUCACCUUAGGGAGCAGCCAGAUGCCCACCCAGCUCUUCCUUCAGUGUCACCCAUAAAUGCAGUGGAAAAUAGGAUGCAAAGCUCGUGGAUUGCGAUAUACCAUGAAAUCACUCACCUGUUACUGUCACAGACAAAACAGACUUGAUGUGGAGAAAAUUAAUUUAAUUUAUUUACCUACUGAAAGUAUAGUAGGAUGAUGAGAAAUAAACUACAACCCACUGCCUCCGCCACCCUUUCUUCUGAGGCUCAACUUCACUCCUUAAUCCCCAGCUCCUCCACCUCCUGGCCCACAGCAGCAUAGGGCGACGGAAAAUGGAAGUGCAAUCAGUCCACAGUGAGUUGCCUCCUCCACUCCUUUUUCAUGCUGUUUCCCUCAUCCAGAACAAAACCUGGGUGUUUCACUGAGCCAGAGUGCAGUGGGAAAAGCCAAUCUCAUCUCCAGGUCAGAGCAGGCCAGGAGAGCAGUCCCACAGAGCAGGCAAUCCUGUCCUUGCAGGCAGUGGGGCACAGAGGACAUGCAGGGCUGGAGUGGGGAGGGGGCUCUGCACCCCCUGAGCUCCCCGGGGCCGUUCCUGCCUCUCUCUUUGUGGCUCAGUGACCACCUCUGGGGAGUGACAGGGCUCAGUGUGUUCACACAGAGCUACCAGCCACUGCCAGGCAGUGAUGCAGCCCAUAAUAUAUGCCACAGCACAGGGCCACAGCAGAAGGAAAGGUAAACCAAAAGAGAUGAUAAACUUUGCAGUUAAUUUCAGUUGUUUCAAUUAUAAAAUGCCAGAGCAUUUGGUGGUCUGUUUGCAGUAUUUUUAUUGCCCCUUUUACAGCCAGCCCCUGUACCAGGUCUAAAUUACUUUGUUACUGACAAUAGUUAAAGAAUUAUCUACAUGAAAUUAUAAUUGAAAAUAUAUUGUGAAAUUCAGAUUAAUUUAGUUCAUAGUAUUUGAUAUAUUCUUAAUAUCAGUGAUGAGAACAUUUCUAUCAUCUACAAUGCGUGGAGAGUUGCACUAGAGAUUAAACUACUUGUUUUCUACAAUGAAA